GGACCAAUCACAGACAACGGUGAUGUAAACAAGGAAAUGGCGAAUGCAACCCGACGGCAGAUAAAUGAGACAUAAACGUAUCGUAUGUUGUACAGGAACAAGGUCCCAUUUCCCUUUCGCAAGCGAGUGGCAGCGUUUUGAGAUGACGACAGCAUCUGCAGUGUAGUCACUUCUCUCCUGGUCACGUUACUCACCUGUCGAGGGCAUUAUUGUUGAACUGAGAAUGGAAGACACCCACAAGAAGAUUCUUCAGCGCAACAGGACCAAUCUCGUGAGAGACUUGGACCCAUCGGACCUCUAUGAUGGCCUCCUUGAAAAGGGAGUCUUUACCCAAGACAUGAUCGACGAGAUAAAGAGCGCUGGGACCAGACGUGACCAGGCCAGAAAGCUCGUGCAGGACUUGGAGACCCGCGGGAGUCGGGCCUUUGCAUUAUUUCUGGUGUGCCUUGAGGGGACGGGCCAGCACAGUUUGUCAGAGCGUCUUCGGUCCGAGGCUCCAGCAGUUCGGCUGCAGCCGGCAACCCCGAGUCAGGUCGUCCUCCCUGUCGUCCUCCCUGUCGUCCUCCCUGUCGUCCUCCCUGUCCCACUUUCCCUUCCCACUGAUGUGGAUCAGCAUAGAAAAGAUGAGGUCCCCAUCUAUCCAAUGCAGAGACCCAGUACUACUCCCAGUCCGUCUCCUGAAAGCGAGCACGUAAGAGCCAGGCCUCCAGGCAGAAUUCGGCGGGAUAGUAUUCAGAGCUAUAAAAUGGAUGCCAGCCCCUGUGGACAUUGCCUCAUCAUAAACAACGUAGAGUUUGAACCCGAGAGCGAGCUGAGCAAUCGCAAAGGGUCCAACAUCGACUGUGACAAGCUGGAGAGAAGAUUCAAGGCCCUCAACUUUAUUGUGGAAGUUAAGACAAACCUGAAACAAAGACAAAUCAAACAUGUUCUGUCAGCUUUAUGUAAGAAAGACCACUCGCAACACGACUGCUGCGUGGUCAUCAUGCUGUCCCACGGGACGGAGGUGAGUCACAACCGCUUCCCCGGUGCCGUCUACGGUGUGGACGGGCAGCAUGUCCCAGUUCAGCACAUCACGAACUACCUCAAUGGCCAGCAUUGUCCGUCGUUACAGGGCAAACCGAAGCUUUUCUUCAUCCAGGCUUGUGGAGGAGGUGAGCGAGACACGGGGUUCGAGGUGUCCCCCGACGAGGCUGAACCGUGCAUCGGCGGGGUGGAUGACCAGACGGACGCCAUUCCCACGUCGUCUAGCAGCGACUCUUUGAGCAUGUCCGACGAACCGGACGCCAGAGCCACACUGCCCACGCCAAGCGACAUUCUGGUGUCCUACUCUACUUUUCCAGGUUACGUUUCUUGGAGAGACACCCAGUCAGGCUCGUGGUACGUGGAGACACUGGAGCGUAUUCUUGAGGAAAACGCUGCUACCGAUGACUUGGUCACAAUGUUGAUGAUGGUUAAUCACGAAGUCUCCCAGAACUCCGCGAAAGGGCUCUACAAGCAAAUGCCGGGUUCCUUUAACUUCCUCCGCAAACUUCUCCACUUUCAAGCCCAAGCAUAGCGGCAGAGUUCUGCUUUAUGCCUCUCGGUUUCACUUUCAGUGAACGCUCGUCUGUUUCAAUAGCACAAGGCAUCCAUCGCUGGGAUUUCUCUGGGUUUUUCCUCAGCAAAGUUGUAUGGAUUUGCAAAAUUGUGGCUGUAAUUUGUACGGACACGAUAAUGUCUUGGUGUACAUUUCUAUUGUUUGUCAUGUCUUGCUGUUUUUUUUAAUGGUUGGCAACUUUUUAAAAUGAGCUAUUUGGGUGUAGGUGUCAUCUCGGUGGGUGGGGGGAUUUUUACGUACUGUGAGAUUGUGGUUCAGGUUAGUUUCUUUUUUUAUAUUCUUAUCGUCACAGCAGCUGUCAAAUUUCAAUCAAUGUUCAAAUCGUUCUCUGCAAAUGAUAAAAAAUACUUUUCUGACUCUUAUUUCAAGUCUCGUUAAUAUACCUAUAUAUAUAUUU